AUGCGAGCCGUCAGUCUCUUCCUCGCUGCAGUCCCUCUUGCAUCCGUCGCAGGGUACUCUACAGGCCGCCAUCCCGAUGCCUAUCAUGACUUUCACGAACGCGAACUCCUCCGACGGAAUAUCGUUUACGACGGCUCAAUCGCCAGCUCUUACGACUAUGUAAUUGUAGGCGGCGGCACCGCCGGCCUCGUCCUUGCGUCCCGUCUCUCCGAGAACUCCAACACCUCCGUCCUCGUCCUCGAAGCUGGAGACACCGGUGAAGCGGUGCAGGACAAAAUCGACAUUCCGUCAUACACAUACUACAACUCCCUCGUCGGCUCCUCCUACGACUGGGCUUACGAGACCGUCGCCCAGCCCGAUGCCGACAACCGCCAGAUCUCCUGGCCUCGUGGCAAGGUGCUCGGCGGUUCCUCCGCCAUCAACGGUAUGUACCUGGUGCGGCCCUCCGAGCUCGAGAUCAAUGCCUGGGCGAGUCUUGUCCCCAAUGGCUCCAUCUGGAAUUGGGACAACAUGUACGCCGCGAUGAAAAAGAGCGAGACGUACACCCCACCGCUCAGCAACGUGCAGGAUACCGCCAAAAUCGAGUACAGCAACUCCAGCCACGGCUUCUCCGGCCCUCUGCACGCGUCGUACCCUGGCUACAUGAUGCCGCAGGUGGGAGACUGGACGCCGUCUCUGAACAACAUCGACAUCAUGACGUCGCCGAAUCCCGACGGCGGCGACGGCUGGGGUGCGUUCGUCGCCACCUCCGCGAUCAACCCGGCCAACUGGACGCGCUCCUACUCGCGCUCCGCGUACAUCGACCCGCUCCCGCCGCGCGCCAACCUCGCGAUCCUGCCCAACGCGACCGUCACGCGCAUCGUGUUCGCCAACGCUACCGGCGGCCUCACCGCGACCGGCGUGCAGUACGCGAGCCAGAAGGGCGCCACUGAGAGCACGGUCAGCGUGAACAAGGAGGUUAUCCUCGCCGCGGGCGCGAUCGGCAGCCCGCAGAUACUCAUGGUCAGUGGGGUGGGACCGCAGGACGUCCUUGAGGCUGCAGGAGUCGCGGUGCAGGUGGCGUUGCCGGGCGUCGGACAGCAUCUCCAGGACCAUCUGUACGCGGAAGUGACGUGGAAGACGAACGAGCAGACCGCUGGCUCUAUGUUCUACGGCAACUACUCGAACUUAAAUGAUGUGCCGACCACGUCGACGCCGUUCCUCUCGUUUAUCAAUUCGGCGACUGCCUACGUCAACUUCAGCGCCCUCAUCGCGGCGCCCGAAACCUACGCCCAGCAGAUCGCUGAUGCCGUGGACAGCAGCGCGUCCACCCUGGUCCCCAGCCAGUACUCCGAGGUCGUCGAGGGAUACAAGGCCAUAUACAACCUCACAGCGCAGAAGCUCCUCCUGUCUUCCAUCGGCGAUAUGGAGAUUUUGCUCUCGCUGACCGGCGCAGGCCAGUACGAGCCGCAAGUCAUCUCCAUCCAGGCUGCACUGCAGCACCCGUUCAGCCAAGGCCGUCUGUACAUCAACAGCUCGGACAUCUUUGAAUACCCCAUCAUCGACCCCCAGUAUCUCUCCAAUAACGCCGACCUCGUCAUGCUUCGCGAAGGCCUGCGGUUCUGCAGGAGCCUCGGGAACACGGCUCCGCUGAGCGCUGCCAUGGCGGAGGAGAUCUCCCCCGGCUCAUCCGUGCAGUCUGACGAACAGUGGGAAACCUGGCUUGCGCAGAACUCGUACACGGAGUACCACCCGUCGUGCUCGUGCGCGAUGCUCCCGCAGAGCCAGGGCGGCGUCGUGGAUGCCAACUUGAGGGUGUACGGGCUCGCCAACGUCCGCGUGGCCGACGCCUCCGUCUUCCCCUUCCAGUUCUCCGCGCACCUGCAGGCACCCGUGUACGGCCUUGCGGAGCAGGCCGCGGAGCUCAUCCGCGGGACGUACGUGAACGCCGACGCGGCGAACGCGACGUCGUCCGCGUCCGCGAGCUCUUCGGCGCCGUCGGCCACGACGUCCGCGUCGAGCCGCAAGUCCGCGGCCACGGUGCUCACGCCGCGGGUGCUGCCUGCCGCCCUUGGCGCUGUUGCGGCCGCCGCCCUGGCUGCGAUUGCCCUCUAG